UCCUGUACACUUGCGCUAAUAACGUUACAGCCAGCAGUGAUGCCAGAGUGAAAUUGAAACAAAUCGCGUCGCUCGUAAAAUCCAACAAUAAAUAAGUAAAUAAAUAAAAAUACCAAAGAAGAAGACCAUAAACCACUUCAAAGAAGGACAAGAUAUGUUAUUGAUUUGAAACGGACACCUUGUAAUGUCUGUUGGUUACGUUAGCUGGUUGGUUGGUUAGUGAAUCGUGAUUUGUUUUGGUUAAAUUGCGUUAUAAUAAUAAUAAGCUGUUUAUUAAACUAUAUUAACUUCUUCCUGUAACUAUCCGUUACACCACACUGUUCUGUUUUGUACUUGGUCAUCACGGUUAAGUUUAUCGUCUUUUUACAUCUUGGCAAGAUUAAAUUAGCCAAAUCAGCACCAGGAUGUCAAAAUACACCACAUUUCCUAAUUCAGCCGAUGAUCAUAAUCCAUUUCAGGAUCCAUCAGUGACGCAGCACAGCAGUAACACUGGCUAUGCCACACUGGACCUCUACAACCCAUUUGACAACAACACAACAGCGCCUCCACCUCCCUAUGAAGCCACAUCUCCUGCAGCACCUCCUGUCCAAACGCCUCCCAGCAGGACCACACCCACUGAGCCCAGGAAUUAUGGAUCCAAUGGAACACAGUCUCAGUCUGCAGUAAAUGCCACCACAGCAGAUCUGUUGAGGAAGCAGGAGGAACUAGAAAGAAAAGCAAAGGAACUGGAGAGAAGAGAGAGAGAGCUGGAUGCCCAUGCACUUGGGUCUGGAGCGUCUCGUCUGAAUAAUUGGCCUCCAUUGCCCUCCUUCUGUCCAGUGAAACCUUGUUUCUAUCAGGACAUUAAUCUGGACAUCAGCCAAAGGUUUCAGCGCACUGUCACCACCUUGUACUACUACUGGAUGUUCACAGCAUGCACUUUAUUCUUUAACCUCAUCUCCUGUUUGGCUAUGUUCUGUGGCCAACCCAGUAAUGUUUCGGCACCGGUUGGCUUCGGUUUUGCCAUCCUUUGGUUUCUCCUCUUCACCCCCUGCUCCUUCGUCUGUUGGUACAGGCCUGUGUACAAAGCCUUCAGGAGUGACAGUUCCUUCAACUUCUUCGCCUUUUUCUUUGUCUUCUUCGCCCAACUGGUGCUUUAUGUUAUCAUGGCUAUCGGUAUCCCUGGCUGGGGCUUCAGUGGGUGGAUCGUGAGUUUAGCCGCUCUUAGUGACAACACCAACAAAAAUGGCAAGGCAGUGGGUGCGAUCAUGCUGAUCAGUUCUGUGCUCUUAACCGCUCAGGCGACCAUGGGAGUCAUUUUGCUCAAGAGGGUUCAUUCUAUGUACAGGCAGACUGAAGCGAGCUUUGAGAAGGCCCAGGCCGAGUUUGCCACCGGUGUGCUUUCCAAUCAGGCAGUGCGCCAGGCAGCCACCAACGCCACCGUUUCUGCCGCACAGGGCGCCUUCACUGCACCUCGGUAGAGACCUGGAUGAAAAAAGAGAUAAGGUUGAUGAACCUGAUUGGUUACGCUGCCAUGAGACAAAGUGACUUAUUCUAGCACCCAUAGGCAUUGCUGAAUUGCAAACCAACACAGUUACCCUAGACCCCUCUUGCAUGCAUGUCAUAAUGAUAGUAAUGCUACAUUGGAUUUCUUUUUCUCUUUGUCGGUCUUGCUGAGCAUCAGGCCGUUAGUU